UGAAUUCUCUAAACGUUUGAAUGGUGGCGAUGGUGUUGACAUACAACCACCGGAUAUUAUACUGCCUGAUCCAAGGGGUAUUCCACUUCCUGAAUCUCCUAACAUUUGUCCUCUUUGCGUUUCGCAAUUAAUGAACCCAACUGCAAUUCCAUCUGGCUAUGUCUUCUGUUACACGUGCAUAUUUCAUUAUGUUGAAGAAUUCAAUCGAUGCCCUAUUACUUUGAUAAAGAUUGGAACCGAUGAAUUAAGAAAAGUCUACAAUUCAACAUCAUGA